AUGGCAGGUAGCAUCAAUAUCGACUACAAUGUCCUUUUCCUUAUAGCAGGCUGGAUAGAGGCAGUCGCAUAUGGGUUUCUCUUUUGCAUAUUCUGCGUCACUUUGUACUUUACGUUCGGAGGAACUCGUAGAUCUUACGAUAACCAUUCCAAAAUCCUGCUCGGAAUUUCGACCUCUCUGUUCCUGAUCGCUACUGUGCAUGCAAGUCUAGGUUGCUAUCGUCUCGUGGCAGCAUAUGUCUUCCACGGUGGAGAUCCGAGGGGCCCACCGCCGGCUGCUUAUCUGGGAAAUCUUGGUCAUUGGGACGCAAUUAUGACCGAGGUUCUCUACGCCACGCAGGAAGUAAUCGGAGGUGCAGCUGCAAUCUAUCGAUGCUGGAUACUGUGGAACAAGCAGUUCAAAGUAGUCGCCCUACCCAUGCUUUUGCUUAUCGUGACCAUUGUGUUUGGUUAUUGGUGCAAUGCCUUAUUCGCGAGGCAAGGGACCAACGAAGGUACUCUGGGCGAGCAAAAGCAGCUUAUCAAUGGGAUCCGUACAUUCUAUGCUGUGGCCGUCGUCCAGAACAUCCUUACUACUGGUUUGAUGAUCUACGCCAUCUAUCGAAACUAUCGAAACACUGUCGGUACCAAUCUCAAAACUUAUGGAGGCAUCCGCAUGACUUGGUUAAUGCGGACCAUGGUCGAGGCUGCAGCUCUCCAACUGUUAAUUGAAUUCCUUCUUCUCGUACUCUUUUUGGUUGGAACAAACGUCCAGUACAUCUUCCUCAACGCUGUGGUUCCCGUCAUCGGCAUUACAUUCAACGCCAUGACCAUCUCUUACCGCUUGAGAUUGUUGACUGAAACCCGUGGAAAUAGCAUCUGGACUUCGUCCAAGACUAUGCCUCACAGCAGUGGUCAAAUGCCAUCAAGAAGUGAUUACUCGCGACCCAGCCGUGUUGAUGUGGACGUUGACGUGGUUGAAUUAACUGACAUGAACGGCUCUGCGUACCGUUCGAAGGAAACAGAUCAUAGCUUCGGCGAGGUCUCAUAG